CUCUUUCUCUCUGCAACAGUUGCUCCCUCUCGACCCUAAAAACCACUACGAACAAAAGUAGGAUCCCAGAAGUGAUUCUCCAAGUCUGGAGUGGAUCCUGAAGCUCUUCCCCUCCGUCUUUAGCUUAACUCGUGUCUGAUAUGUUGGAUAAGAAUCAACGUGGCUCUCAUCUGGAUCUCAGCACUUUGAAUGGAGCUCUGAAGGAAGGAUCCACCGGGCGCAGGGAGUGGCUGGAGCGGCGUCUCUGGGAUAGUCCAGCGUCCCCUCAACACCUCCAGUGAGAUGGGGGAGAGUGAGCUGUGCUGCCUUCAGAGAGUGUCUUUUAUGAGUAAUCAAAGGCAACAGAAGCCUACGCUAACAGGCCAGCGUUUCAAAACUCGAAAACGAGAUGAAAAAGAGAGGUUUGACCCUUCGCAGUUUCAGGAAAGCAUUGUACAAGGUCUGAACCAAACUGGCACUGAUUUGGAAGCUGUUGCAAAGUUCCUUGAUACCUCUGGUGCCAAGCUUGACUACCGACGCUAUGCUGAGACACUGUUCGACAUCCUGGUGGCUGGUGGGAUGCUGGCCCCAGGGGGUACCUUGUCAGACGACGUGAUCUGCACAGACUUCUGUCUCUUCAAAGCACAAGAGGACAUGGAGACCAUGCAGGCAUAUGCACAGGUCUUUAACAAGCUCAUCAGGCGUUACAAAUACUUGGAGAAAGGAUUUGAGGAGGAGAUAAAAAAGCUGCUGCUGUUUCUCAAGGGCUUCACAGAGUCUGAGCGCAACAAGCUGGCCAUGCUAACAGGAAUUCUGCUGGCCAAUUGCAAUCUCUCUGCAUCCAUUCUCAGCAGCCUCUUCAAUGAGAACCUGGUCAAAGAAGGUGUUUCGGCAUGCUUUGCUGUAAAACUCUUCAAAUCCUGGCUUUCCGAAAAGGACAUCAACUCUGUUGCUGCCAGUCUUCGAAAGGUUGGCAUGGACAACAGGCUCAUGGAGCUGUUCCCUGCUAACAAACGCAGUUGUGAGCACUUCUCAAAGUACUUCACAGAUGCUGGACUCAAGGAGCUUUCAGACUUUGCCAGAAACCAGCAGUCCAUAGGUGCUCGCAAGGAGCUGCAAAAAGAGCUUCAGGAGCAGAUGUCACGUGGGGACCCCCUCAAGGAUAUCAUCGUCUAUGUCCAAGAGGAAAUCAAGAAGAACAACAUCUCGGAGCAGACAAUGAUUGGACUAAUUUGGUCCAGUGUAAUGAGCUCUGUGGAGUGGAACAAGAAGGAGGAGCUAGUCACAGAACAGGCCAUCAAACAUUUAAAGCAAUACAGCCCGCUGUUGAAGGCGUUUUCAAAGGAGUAUUGUUAUGACAACAUCCACUUCAUGAAGGCGUUCCAGAAAAUUGUUGUACUUCUCUACAAAGCGGAUGUCUUGAGUGAGGAAGCAAUUCUGAAGUGGUACAAUGAAGCCCAUCUGACCAAAGGAAAGAGCGUUUUCCUCGAACAAAUGAAGAAGUUUGUUGAAUGGCUCAAGAACGCAGAGGAAGAGUCCGAGUCUGAGGAAGAGGAGGCCGACUGAGUACCACUAGGAUACAACUACAAUAUUGAUUUGUAUUUUUAAAUUAGCACAGCAACAGAUGCAGUAGAAGAUGGGUUUUUUUUUCACAGAAUUCUAUAUUUCUUUUUUCUUUUUCUAUUCUCUACCUCCUCACACAUAGUCCAACUUUAAUGUAAGGGCUUUAAUAUUGUUUUUAUUUUUGACAUGGCUUCUGACUGAUUCAAUACGUAUGCUCCUUUAUACCCCUUCAAGAGCCAGUCACAGUGCCACAUUUAGCUAAACAGAUUGAAACCAUGUAACAAAGGCAGGAUUUUUAUGGAAAGAUAGUUCCCUUUUAAAACGAGCCAGUUGGAAGGCAUAUUUCACAGCUGUUGUAUUUAGUCUUGGAACUUAUUUGCCAGAGGUCUGUCUGUGUAGCCAUGAUAUCUUGGUCUUCUGAAAGAUAAACAUUUUAUAUCUCUGCCAAUUGUGUGACAGUUUUGAAUUGAAUACCAGCUUGGAGAGCGUGCUAUUUCACAUAGCACUGGUAAUAGUGUCAGUGCACCAUCAAAUGAAUGUUAAUUGUUCCAUACAUCUUUUGUUACAGAAUCAUGCCUGCUUUUUUUUUCUUUGUUAUUUU